AUGGGGGAAGCCGAUGACUCUAAAUGCGUUUUUCCUUUAACAAGUCUCCAGAUUGGAGACUUGCAGUCUUAUCUCUCAGAUCUUAUCCUUUUCGUUGCAUUCAAAAGUGGCAAAGUAUAUAUUUUGGUGGACAAUAGGCCAUGGUUGAGAAACCUUGGUUCACACCCAGCACAGUUGUGGCAAUUGAUGGUUACCAAGUCUAGGUUAUCUCCUUUUGCGAACACUAAGGCACAAAGGGGGAGAAAGGAGGGAAAGGAGGCUUGUUCUCAGUCCAAUAGUAAAUCAAAGAAGUUCGAGAGAUGGUUCUCAUUGAUUGAAGCUUUGUCUCGGAAGAAGGGUUUGCCACCUGUGAAGAAAUUAAAGAAAUCCUUGUUCUUAAGCAGUGAAUUGCACAGGACUCUUUAUGGUUUUAUUGUCUUUGAAGUUGCUUGGAAUGAUGUGCGGGGUAUCAACUACUUAAACGAGCUUCAGACAGAUACAUCUCUGGCUAUCGAAGCUAAGAUUAUGCGAAGAUGGGAGUUUGAUAGUAUAGCUCAAGCUGCAAGUUGUUUAUCUUCGUGGUUCUCAGGAGCGCUCUCUGAGCUGCUACAAUUGAAAGAUUAUCUGGAUUCUGCUACAGGAGAUACCUUUUAUGAUGCUGAAGAAAAUUUCUCAGUGACACCCUCUAUUGAUGAUGUUGAUGAUGAUAAAAUUCGUGAUCAUAAUCUGUGGGUGGAAGAUAAUUCUUCAUGCUGCCUUGGUGGCAAUUUUGAUGUAUAUCCUGGAACCCUGGAAGAUAUAACGAGUGAGCCACACACUCCUCCACCCACUGGGCCUUAUAAGAGAAGAAGAGUGAUUAAGUCCAUCGGAACUGGAGUCGAAGUUGAUUGUUAUGCUGAGGAAACACAAGGUGGAAAUGAAGACUUGUCAGGCAGUUCAGAGACUGAUGCCAGCGAUUGUGAAAACGCUGUUGAAGCUAAGCAAUACAGGGAUGUUUUGAUUUUGUUUAGGUUUAACGAUCAUGAUCUGCCAUUUAAAUUAAGGCAAGUGGUAAUGUCUGACCUGCGGUUACUCACUUUAUUGGAAGCCGGGCUUCCAUCUUGGGUUGUCUUUCUUCAGUCAUAUCCAGGGUUUUGCCAUCUUUACCGUCCUUGGAUGUGCCCUCUGGCAAGAGCUUUGUACAUGUUAAUAUCUAUUGUCACUGUUCUCAUUGGAUUUUAUGAUUUGUACAAAAAUGUCCCUGUUCUUAAGGCAACUGCUUCUAGUUUGUUUGGACCAUUUUUUGACUGGAUAGAGACUUGGGAGAUGGUAUCAAGGAUCAAGUACCUAGGAACAAUGCUGUUUCUACAUAACUUUGAGAAAGCUGUUACUUGGUUUCUGAUGGUCACACGUACCACUAGGUCCUUCUUAUCAGUUUUCACGCGGCCGCUGGUGGAACCACUUGCUGAGUUUUUAGGUUUUCUUCUUCCAGCCUGGAAUAUGCUCAUUGAAGUGGUAAAAAGCUUGUAUUCCAUUGUUUGGGUUGUGAUUGAAUCGACUUGCAGUGCAUUGGGAGAUCUACUUGAGAUUUUUGCAUGGCCUAUAUGGUUUAUCUGGAGCAUUGCAACUUCCAUUAUAUAUCCCAUAUUCUGGACCAUUUGGGAAAUACUUUAUGCUCCGAUUCGCUUGGUCCUUGCACUAGCUGGUUUUGUGGCUUUCAUUUGUGCCUGGAUAUCAGAAAUGAUUGGGGAUCUUUGGCGAUCUGUAAGUGGAAUAUUCCAACUUGCUUCAGUUUCAGAGGCGACAGUGAGUACAUACGAAGUUUCAAUCUGGCGUUCACUUUGGAAUGACCUUUUUUCUCAGGUUUUUCGUGCUGUUAGGAGUAUAUUAAAUGGUUUUGUUGCCUUCUUCACAGCCUGCAACAGGCAUCGGCUAAGCAUUUAUAAUCACAUACAAGAUUUCAUCCAGAGAAUACUUGGUCAGCCACCAAGGUCACAGCAAUCAAACUAUAGGAACAGUAGGCUGACACCCGAGACUCGAAGUGUGGUGUCUGAAGGGAGUAGGAAAAUACACAUUAGAUGA